AUGACUAGUCCCGAGUUGCUCUCUGCAACUCAAACCAAAGCACUCCAGUCCAGCCUUGAAGAGCUGGCUCUGGAAUUCAACCCUGAUGGCCGGUUUAUUUGCUUGUCUGCCUCACACUGGCGUGGAUUCUCUGACAAUGACAUGGCUAUCUCUACCCAGCACCGGAGUGAGCACGGCUGGAAAUACGAAGAGUCAAAUGCGGGGAAGAAAAGCCAAACUGCGUCCGAUGCACCAGUACAGGACGCAAGUGUGAUGUGGCGAGAGCGUCGCGCUUUUGCUUACUAUUUUCAACACGCCGCACCGUUCGUUGGUGGUGAUCUGGAUGUUGGUUUCUGGAGCACCAUCGUCCCGCAGGUUUGCCGGAGUGAACCUGCCGUGUGGGAUGCCAUCAUCUCCAUUAGUGCACUGUUUGAGAGCCCCGAGCCGUGGCCGAAACUCUUCUUCCCGCGCCUGGAGGAUCCGCGCACUCUUAACCAAAACCACCGAGACGCGUUAAGCUGGUAUUCCCGCUCGGUAUCUGCUGUUCGUCAGCGAAUUAAGCGUGGUGAUGUGGACAUAUUUGUCGGACUGAUUAGUUGUGUACUGUUUAUAUGCAUUGAGUGUCUCCAGGGAGCUUCAAAAGAGGCCUUGCAGCUUUAUAGACAGGGUGUGCAUCUUAUCCUCGCGUUGCGGACCAAAAUAGCUUGCGGUGUCGUUCCAGCAUUUAAAGCUUCGUUGUUAGAGGAUACGAUCGUCCCAAUCUUCGUCCGCCUGGGUGCAAUCGCUAUCAGCGUUUCUGCAGUUCCAGUGAGAGAUUUACUCCGAGACACUGGACAUGCAUUGACGCAUAAAUUUGUCUCACUCAAGACAGCUCGGGAGACCAUCGUUCUCCUAGCCACGGAGGCUCAGCUCUUUGACAUACUUGCUCUGAGCAUCUACUAA